GGUACUCUUUGGUUGUGAAGCAACACAUGCAGUCAGGCUAUAGCUGCUAGUCCACUGACAGAAGGAUCCACCACAGGAGACUGUUGACUACACUUGACAUAACCCACCAACCACCAUACACAGAUCACGCAUACCUAGUGUUGACUGCUGCCAUGAUGACAGAGAAGACACAGGAAAAGAUUGAGCAGCUGGAAUCAGCUAUUAAGCAUGUGAAUUCUAUCAUCAAACACCUCAGUUACAAUGCUGGCGAGAUCAAAUCCCAGAUCCACACAUCUGUUAGCCGGCACCUGGAGGCCCUGCGGAACAGGGAGGUGUGGCUGCUGAGCCAGGUCGACCUGGUGGUGAACACCAAGGAGGAGGUCCUUCACCAACAACAGGUCCGGCUGAACAAGGCCCUGGGAGUCCUGCAGAGUUCUCUUGGUCUGGCAGACGAGGAUGACGGGCUUGACAGUAGACUGAUUGAGACCCUGGAAAAACUUGAUAUCUCUGACCUGAAGCCAGAGGAGAGCCCCUACAUCACCUUCCGGGCCGACCAGUCAACUCUGCGAGAAACAAUCCUCAACUACGGCCGUGUGGAUGCGUCAGGCUUCCCUCUACAGAGUGCCUUUGUUGCUCAUGGACACCCUUCCACCUGCCUGCCUCGCCACUUUGAGGAGUACGAGGACGCUGACCACCAUGUCUUCUACAAGACUGUGGAGGAGGUCAAUCGUGCCAGGACUGCCAGCAGCAAUAUAAGCGUCAACAUCCCCAAGUUGUCGAAGCGUCCAGAGGACUGGCUUUGUCGUCCCUCCACGGUGACCACAUCAUCCACGUCCGCGCCGAGGUUCUCCUUUCCAUCCCUCAGCCCCAACACGUCUGACUGGCUCCGACGUAGCGAGACGUCCUCUGUUGCCCAGGACACCCGUGGUGAGCUGUCUGGUGAUGCAAGCAUCCAGAACUGGCUCUCGCAGAUCAAGCAGUUCACUGACUUGGAGGACGAAGACUUUGAGAUCAUUGACAGAGACGCAGGCAGCUCCAAGUCCAGCAAUUCUGUGAUGACCACCUUCCCUGUAUUGGAGAAAGCACCCACGUUCAACCCACAGCAGAAGCUGACCCUCCCCAGCCCUGUGGAGGCGUGGCUCAAAUCCAGCUCCUUGGGGGGUGAGAAGAUGCUGGAGAAGGAGGUACUGGACCUUUUCCGGCAUAUCCCUUCCGACCCAGACCGCUGGCUUAUCAGCGAUGCGAAGAAGGAGUCAGACACGUGCAGCGAUUGUCUUUGUUCCACCAAGUCCAUGGAGAUCGAGAACCUUGGAAACAUGCCUUGCAGCAGCCAGUCGGUGUUCGAACGCUACUUCCGAGAUGUAUCCAAGGACACCCUGCAGUGGUUGAAGAAAUCGGGCAACGAAGAUCAGUCGGUCCCGUCUACCGUGUGCAAGGCUAACGAGCCCUGUGGUUCCUUCAGCGAAUGUUUAUGCCAACCCAACUGUGCUUUCAACUUUACAAGAUUUGACUCGUCUCCCAAGAAGUGGCUGAAGGUUGCCAGUAGCAAGCCCAAGUUAUCUCCCCUGCCUCAGAUCGAAGGGUUCGCCCGGUACCUGAAAUCCUUGGACACAGAGAAAGAGCAGUGGUUGAAGGGCAGUGGAGGUGAGCUUGAGGAGAAUCCAGAAGAGAGGUUUCCCAUGUUUGACUGCAUCUCGUCCAACCCUGAUGAUUGGCUUAAAGAAAAACAACCAGGCCGUAACAAGAACUCUCCAUCAAUUACCGGUUUGAAUUUUGAGUUCAAACAUGGAAAAGAAGACCGUAACAUGUGGUUGAAGGUGACGGGUACCCAGCCAGCGCUGUCGACCACUCCAGUUGACCCAUGUCCAGUGUGGGAUGCUGUACACAGUUACGUCAAUAAAAAGUCACAAUCUGAUUGGUUAAUGAAAUCCGAUAAUGAAGAUAAGGAUAAUGGUGAUGAAAAAGAGAAAAUAGAUACAUGGCUUCUUACAACACCGCCAACUGAUAGCCAGCCUGCCAUGUUUUCUAAGUUCACAGCUGGUCUAGGAGAAUGGCUGUUCCAGCAGAAGCUGUAGACAGCUCAAUUGUGAUAUUAUUUCCCACAAGCAAAUCAAUAAUUUGUCAAUGCUGUGUCAGCUAUGAAAUCAAACAUACAUCGGAUAUUUGGAAAUGUCAGUGAUGCUUAAAAAGAAAUUUACAUUAUUUGAUCCGAUUUUUACCAAAUAUAUUUUAACCAAGGAGUGCAAAUAUGAGACUACUUUUAUGCCUAAUUUAUAUAUUUAGCUAAUGGCUGAAGAAAGCAUUUGUUAUAUACUCUUCAAUAUUGUGUCAAUUGUACAGAUCUUUGAAAUUGUUUCAUUUUAUUUAUGUUGAUUUUAUUAUGUCUCUUUAGUAUUUCAUUUAACAUGUACCCAAAGUACAAAACUUUAAUGUGGAAUAUGCUUUAAUAAGGAUGAAUAUGAAAUAUUGUUGGACAGUUACUGUCAGAGAGAUAUAAGCAUUUUCUAAAUUCAUUCAGUUUUGUGUAACCAUGGUACCCGAGGUUCAUGUAUUCAGACUUCUGAUAAAUGUAGACUUGUUGCAAAGACUAUUCUUAGUCACAUGUUACCAAAUGACUAUACAAAUGACAGAUGUGCUAGCUGGACAAAUAUGUGUGAUCUACACUCAGUGAUCUGGUACUGAAUAAAUGUUUUAUUGUGUUAA